UUUUACACUUAGGAGACACAAACAACUUCAAGUGUAACUCCUCAGUGGUCUAGAAAUCAUCCAAACAAAGAUGGAAGGGAAUGGGUGUUGCUGUGGGAGUUUUCUCCAGAGGUGUAAGCCUUACAUAGCUAUGAUCUCACUUCAAUUUGGUUACGCUGGGAUGAACAUAAUCACUAAGGUCUCCCUCAACCGAGGGAUGAGCCAUUACGUGCUUGUCGUUUAUCGUCACGCCUUCGCCACAGCUGCUAUUGCUCCUUUCGCUCUUGUUCUUGAGAGAAAAGUGAGGCCCAGGAUAACGUUUCUCAUGUUCGUGCAAAUUUUUGUGCUGGGUCUUCUCGGGCCCGUGAUUGACCAAAACUUGUACUACGCGGGAUUGAAAUUCACCUCCCCGACAUACUCGUGUGCUAUAAGCAACAUGCUCCCUGCAAUGACAUUUGUGAUGGCUGUUCUUUGCAGGAUGGAGAAGGUAGACCUGCGAAAAGUUCGAUGCAUAGCAAAAAUAAUAGGAACCAUAGUAACGAUUGCCGGGGCCAUGUUGAUGACGUUGUACAAAGGUCAAGUCAUCAACUUUUUCUGGACUCAAUACAUACAUCGUCCUAGAAAUUAUGUUAACCCCUCUGAUUCAGCGGAAAAAGAUUGGGUUAAGGGUUCUAUUCUGCUCAUUAUUGCUACCCUUGCCUGGGCUUCUUUCUUCAUCCUUCAGGCAGUGACGUUAAGGAAAUACUCUGCUCAGCUCUCGCUCACAGCUUUAGUGUGUUGUAUGGGUACACUUCAGUCAAUUGCAGUCACCUUUGUGAUGGAACACAAGCCAUCCGCUUGGAGCAUUGGCUGGGACAUGAAUCUGUUUGCUGCAGCCUAUGCAGGUAUAGUAUCAUCAGGCAUUGCCUACUAUGUUCAAGGGAUUGUCAUGCAGAGAAAAGGGCCUGUUUUUGUCACUUCCUUCAGUCCUUUGAUGAUGAUCAUCGUUGCCGUCAUGGGAUCAUUCAUCCUUGCUGAAAAAAUUUACCUUGGAGGAGUGAUUGGAUCGAUACUGAUCGUAGCGGGUCUGUACUCGGUUCUAUGGGGGAAACACAAGGAGAACCAAGAGAAAGAAGCAGAGAUAUUAGUUCCAGAAAUGAUCAAAGGAUGCAAACAAAAUGGAAGGAUGCAGACUGUUCUAGAAGACAUUGAAGAAAACGACAUUGAGAUGCAAGAGCAUGAAGCUAGGAAAGAAUCUGUUCCUGCGGUAGCCAUUAGUGUUCCACAGGCUUGAACAGAAAACAAUAAUAACUGCUAUGCGAGGGGUUUUUGUACCUUGAUCCCCUGUAUUUUUAAUUGCAACUUUUCUAUUGAAACGAGUUUGAAACUUUUUUUUUUUUUGGGUGCGUUUGGUAAUUGAGACACUAGUAUGAGACAAAUCGUCUUUGUAUCCGUGAUGUAACUGGUGACAAAUUGUAAUCUUGUUGAAAUGAGAAUCAAGAGAUUGCAGAAA